GUACACGAGUGUAGGUCACGCUUUCAGAAGCUACACGUAAUGUGUCUCACCAGUGAACAUGUACUUCAUCGUCAAGUUUUCGGCCUUCGCAAAGGUGUUGCUGAUUGCAACAGUUGUUUCUGGGGGCAGAAUUCGUGGUAAUGUAACAGUCAUGGAGAACGAUCGUAAUCAAUCGACGCAAACUACAUUUGAAAGAACCAGAACAGAACAUGUCUUUGGGACACGCCCACUUUUAGCAGACGACGUCGUACAAGACAAUGAAGAUAUGGACAUAAUUAACGUAUCGAGGAAUUUCUUCCGCUCCACUGGCGAUAUAAGUGAAAAGAUGAACAUUAUAAAAAAAUAUAAACAGCUCGUUAUUGAUAGCAUUAAUAUGAAAAAAGAGACAAUUGUUGCAGAAAAAGACAAAAAAUCCAGCAAACAUUACAUGGAGAAGGAUGCAGUUCUUGAUAAAAUAUGGAAUAUGUACACCAAAGGCUUUCUCGUCAAUAACCUAAAAGAUCCGACAAUGUCUGUGACGGGUGAGCCAGUGGAUUACUGGGAUGUUAUGAAGGGGGAGGUUCUACCUGGCAGCAUUCUUGAAAUUGGUGGGUGCCAGGUGGCGCUGAAGGCUGCCAGACAAAACCAGAAAAGAACGUCCAUUUCUGUUAUCCUCAAACAUGAUGGUGUUGAGGGUGUACGUUGUUCAUGUUCCAACAAGGAUGUCCACAACCUGUAUGAGGCCGCCUCCACUCCCUCCCUGACACAAGCCUGCAUACAGGAUCUGCACUCGGACUACAAGAUUUUGUUCAGCAACAUAGUGCUGACGAACUUUACCUCUCUGAGCUACAACCUCCUACCUCACGAAUAUGUUGGGCUGCUUGCGAUGGUCUUCUCAAUGGCCAAGAAAAUCUUCAUCGCUGGCUUUUCACUAUCAGAGUCACAGGAGAUGUAUUUCACAAGUCAGUGGGGGACGCCGGGGGGGUUGUUCAAGGAGGCGUGUGGCCUGGGGGGGCUGGUGUGCGAGGUGGAGUCUGGGUGGGGCUAUGAUGGGUGGUCGGCAGACAGAGGGGUGCACCGUGUUACCGUCACCUGGGGUCGGAGGCCACUGCCGAGACACGUGUGCUUGAAGCUGUCACAGAGUAGAGUGUGUUAUUCAUCCUACAAUGCAACAAGCCCCAACAUGACGCUCGUGUUUGGUGAUGGCACAAACACAACGUCACCUCUGCAUGCUAAUGAGGUCCAUCUCAAGUCUCUGUUGAGAAUGGGUUUAACAAAGGACACACGAGACAGGCUUUUUGUGAGGAUGCUGCACAUGCCCCACCAAGGUCAAAGGACACAGGACAUGGUUGUCUCAGGGGACAAGUUGACGUCCAUAAAACUCACACGCAGGAAAAAGCAUCAGGUCAUAAAAUCAUCUCCAAACUUGGGAAAUGUAAAGUCAUUUCCUCAAGAUGAAAUAAAAGUUUUGACGUUGAGGCAAGGAAGCCGUGAUUCCCACUCAGAAGACACGCCCACCAACUGGGACAGGGAGGAGGGAGGCAUUGGGAUGCAGUCUGUACAGUGGGGUAGGGGGUGGGACAGGGAGAGUAGUGAUACCAACCACCACCAGGGGGAGCUGAGGGAUGGCAGCCAAUCAAUGGACAGAGAAGUGAAGGGACCGGAGGAUUCUGGGAGAAAACAAAAUGACGAUGAUGGUUCUGAGAGAAAGGAACUGACAGAUGAAGAGAAGCAAAUUCAUAAGGGACUGGAUUAUUUGCAAAGCAGAAAUUCUGUAUCUGACAAGGUGAUUGUGAAGGAAUCGGUUUCUAAUAUGUCUGCCACUGGCAAGAGUGUCCAUGUUGUUCGAAAUGAUUCAGAAAAACAUGAAUCCAACGAAAAGACUGAGUUUUCAAGAGUUGAUUCUAAGAAUGUUUUGAAGAUGCCAACAAGAAUCGUUCAAAAACCUGGACACCUUGUUAAAAGAUCAUCCAUUCUCAAAUCAUUCAUUCGUCAGAAGCCUGUGUCUGGGUCAAAUAUACCCUCAAAAUCUCAAAAUGGAUCACAUUCAACCUCAUUUACAUCUAAACAGAACCUGAGGCUUAGAAGAAAAAGAAGUAAGAAGAGAUUUCCACUAGACACUGGAAGUCAACUUGAACCAGAAAAACCGAAAACCGUACUGUUACAUGACACGGGGAAACUACUAAAUGUGUUGACAAACGGAGGCCGAGGUCGCAACAACUCCAGAGGAUAUGAAAUGUCUCCAAAUCAGAGAAAGCUCCUGAGCUAUUCGCCAGACUCGAGUUACAGCAGCAGAGAUGCCUACAAACACUACACACGGCCCAGGCCUUCACCAGCUGCCAACACACAUGUGCAACCAGAAUGGAGUUUCAAACAACCUAUGGUAACCGAGGAGAUGGUGUACGACGGUCAAUGGAAGGCUGUGAAGUCCUAUAUAUCAGAUGUUGGCAUCCUUGACAUCAACUUUAGCGUCUUCAUAUAUGGUAGAAAGCCUGAGAGUUUGAUCGGUGGGAAGGUGGCCAUGCUGUACCCCCAAAGCAGGGUGGUGACGGUCAUCCCUCCGGCACAUGCCACACUGGUGGAGUCUCACAGGAAAUUCAUCAGCUCACUACCUCAUGAAAACAGUCUUGUGUUCUGUCAGGACUUAUCACCUGCUCUUGUCAAAGACAUGUAUACAAUGCCAGAAAUGUUCAAAUUCCAGGUGCUGGGACUGGAUGUAUUCCAUCACAUGUUGGCACUGGGUGAUACAUACCUAUAUUACCUGGGUCAGAUUCUCACAAUGGCAGAGACAACUUUCCUGGAGAUUCCCCAUUUUGACCAGCUCACCGUUGCCCAAGCUGUCUUCAGUGACAGAACAUCACCCGUUCCAGCACAGGGGCUGAUAGUGGAUGCGCUAGCCCUUGUAGGAGCGGAGGCGGAGAGUCUGCAGAUCCUCAGGGUGUUGAUUCAGGAGGAGGUCCAUAGUCUCAUCAUCAGGAUCAGACUCAGAUCCAUGCAAAGGAAGGUGGAGGUCGGGUGUGACCAGACUCCUGGCACCCUCACCCUGCUCCCAGAUGGCGCUGUGUCUCUGCACAUGGAGGCUAUCGAUACAUUCUACACAGUCUCACGUACCAAAGUUUCUGUCUGCUUGGAUCUACUUCUUAGACUGGAUCCACAACCACAGGAAAGAGCCUUGUUGUUCCAAAAGUACUUGAAGCUCUCCAUCUUCCCCGACAUGUGCCCCGCCCACCUGGUGUGGGGUGGCCAUCAGCUGAUGUACCAGCCUGUCAUGGAGGAGGUGAAACCAGUGCUGCUCCACACACAGGGGGGGACAAGGGAGUCUGACAUGACACAGAGAACAACAACCCUGCUGGUCCAGGAGAUGGAGAGAGGGUCCUUCUCAUUCCUGGAUUACAACAGCAAAGACAACAUCGGAGUUCAGCUGGCACCGCAGUACCCCAACAGCACGUUCGUGAGCCUGGUGUCGGCGGCCGAUACUGCAGCUACCCUCCUCCAGGAGGUACUGGAACAGAACAUCACCAACAUGGUGGUGAACGUCAUGCCCCUGGACACUACACUGGUGACAAAACUCAUGAAGUGCCCCGACUUUCUGCGCUACCAAUAUCUAGGUUAUGAUGAGAUCCUUGGGCUGAUGAACAGAGUGAUGCGACCCAGCUUUGAUCUCCUGAUUGGACAGGUGAUAGCUACAGGUGUGACGUCCUUCAUACAGGUGCCAUCUGGCAAGAUUCUGUCCCUUGCAGCGGCAACGUUUUACCGGGAGGAAUUCCUGCACCAAGAUCAGCAGGAGACGGGCAACAACCUUUCUCACCUGUUCCAUGCAGAACAUCAUCCAGUAACACAGUUCCACAAUGUGGAGAACCAGUUUCUGUUCCAGAGUGCCAAGGCUGAUGUUGACAUUGAGGUAGCUGCAAAGAUCCUCUCACCACAGUUGCUGUCGGAUGGAGCUCAGUUGCCAUGGAAACUGGUGAGAGUUGACAUCAAGCGACUGAAGUUGAAGGUGGAUCACCACUUUGACUACAACCUGGACGGCCACUCCAGGAAGUACACGCUGCACUGCAUCGGCCACAACAGCUCCAGCUACACUGUCUACUUAGUCCGCAACAACGACGGCUUCAAAAUACCAUAUGGCACUGUCAAUGCCGUGUCCCUGAUUGCUCUGUUGAGGAUGGGUCUUGUGUCUCCCAUCAAGGAGAAGUUUUACUCGGAGUUUCUCCAGCUGCCUCUAUAUGAAGACAUGGCGCCGUGGAAUAUUGUGUUUAGGGCAGGAAGGCUUGAAUACAUUGACUAUGACAGCCGAGAUCUCACCUUCAACAAGAUGUCCUCAGCAGCGUACCAGAUCAUGGCAAUGUUGAUGAAUUUCAAGAGGACAGUGGAUGAUUUUGGACAUUGCAAGUCAGAUGCAAAGACGCCCUAUGGCUUUAACCUCGUCUCCAGGUGUGUCGGAAGUGACUUCAAGGGGCCUUGCACUGACACCAAGUACCCAGUGCCGUGUGGCGACCAUACCUGUAGGGCAACAUACAUAGACUGUCUGCAGGCUCUCCAGGCACUCGAGCAGGGGCGCAGCAAGGGUCUCAAACAAGAAUCUGCAAAAAGACAAAAAGUAGAGGACACAGAAUCUAUGCAAUGGAGGUUUGAUGAGAAGGGUCCGUCUGUAUAGGAAGAAGGAUCACUCAGACUGGUCCAGCCUUGACAAGACUAACAAACUGUAGAGUGAGUGAGUGAGAGUGAGUGAGUGAGUGAGUGAGUGUGGCUUUUCGCUGUUUAAGCAGUAUUCCAGUAAUAUCACGGUGGGGACAACAGAUAUGGGCUUUACAAGUUGUACCCAUGGGGGUGAAUCUAACCCAGACCUUCGACAUGACAAGCAAACCCUACCGCCCCACAAAGUACAGAGACCUGGGCCAACUGGGCGAUCUUAGCACUAAGAUGAUCGUAACUCCCACACUCUAACAUAGACUUACGAUAGUUGUAGUGCUAAGAUCCAUGUGCAUGUGGGCCCUGUGAUCAAACAUAAACAGUGUGAACGAGUUCUGUAAGUCAGUCUUCAUCCUACGCGCAAAAAUCACAAGGGUAGGGGAGCACAGUCACCAUGGUUAAAUCUGUUUGUAUUUAUUUACAUUUUACACCUUGUUUUAUACAGGAAGACAAUGGGUCCAAGUGCGUUCUAAGAUAACCAUCCCAUCCUUCAAUAUACUCAGUGUGUAUCUGACUCACUAGACUAAAAUAUAGACGAUGAAAAAAUGUAAUCUUGUACUCCAUAAUAAUUUUCUCACAUCAAAUAAACGUCCUUUGGUUCCAAUGCUGAUGAUCUAGAUUGGUUUUGAUAUCAAGUCCAAUGCAGAUAUUCCAGUCAUGGCACGGGACUUCCGACACAUCUCGGGGUUUGUUUACACGAGUGUACUGUGGAAGUCUGUACAAGAUUAUUUCAGCCCUUUGUUUGCCUUUGUUUGUUUAGCUGACAAAAAUUAGGGAUUUUUCUAGGAUUACAAUUUUAAGUGCUCUUUGUAGGCAAUUUCCCUGCAUAACAACUUUAUUAGAUUUGCCAGACUGUCUCCAUGGUAGUGCACCCCCUAGACCACCUCUGUGGUGGAUCAUCUCCUCGGAGAACAGACGGUUGGGGGUUCGAUCCCUUGCCGCAUCAUACCAAAAGUUGUUAAGAGAUGGUACUUGUUACCCUGACUGGUGUUUGGCAAAAAGGGUCAGCUCGGUGUCAGUACAAGCAGCCAGUGUGCAGUAAGUGCAAUAAUGUUAAACGUAACAUUAAGCCCCAUUUCACCUCACCUCACCUCACCUUACCUCACCUCACCUCACCAUGUGAUAAGUAAUGGCUACCUUCCUCAUUGUGGGGAUAGAUAGUGAAUCAGACAUCGGAAUGAUCACCCAUAAAACAGCAUCAAACAACAUCUUUUAAACCGAGUGUGUAUGUGUAUGUGUAUGUGUAUGUGUAUGUGUAUGUGAAAAUCACUACUGAUAUGAAUGUAUAGAAUGCUCAAGUUUGUAUCCAUAUCUAAAACGUUGUACAUAUAUUUAUCAUUUAUUAUGACUAAUAAAUGGAUUUAUGAACAUG